AUGUCCAAAAGAGAUAGAUUUUCCUUUAGAUAUUAUGUUGGUCAUGAAGGAAAAUUUGGCCAUGAGUUCCUUGAGUUUGAAUUUAACUCCAAGGGGAGACUAAGAUAUGCAAAUAAUUCCAAUUAUAAGAACGACAAAAUAAUUAGGAAGGAAGCUUAUGUGAGUAAGUCUGUACUGAACGAAUUAAAACGUAUAAUUGAAGAAUCGGAGAUUUGUAAAGAAAGCGAUAAACUAUGGCCUGCCCCAGAUAAGAUAGGAAAACAAGAAUUAGAAAUUUUCUUAGAUGGAAAUGAAUAUUAUUUUACAACAUCCAAAAUUGGUUCACUAUCUGACGUAAAACAGUGUGAUGAUCCAGAAGGUCUACGAGUUUUUUAUUAUCUUGUGCAGGACCUGAAGUGUUUUCUGUUUUCCCUCAUUUGUUUACAUUUCAGGAUUAAGCCUGUGUGA